AUGUUAAAAGCUUAUGGGUGUGUAGGUCGCUUCAAACGAGACCCGCAGGCCACGCACCUGGAACGUCUGACGAUCGACAAAGCCUGCAGAAUGGCCGUGCAAGAGUCUCUAGCCAACCGACGCAGGAGUGCACUUCUUCAGACAGCUGAGAAACGUCAAAGCCUCAAGAAGAAGAAGUUCGAGCUCGUCGACGAGCGAACGGUGAUGACAGCACUGAAGGACGAGAACGGCCAGCUGAAGACGUCAAGGAACGAGAUGGAGCGCCUGACGGUCGACUUCUACACGAAACUCUUCCGAAGCGACGUUCCCGUCCCCAGAACACCAACGCCGCCACCAGAAGAUGAACCCCCGAUCCUUCCCGAAGAAGUCAAGUACGCCAUCAGGAAGCUGAAGGUCGGAACGGCCGCAGGACCCGACAACAUCUCAUCCGAACUGCUGAAGGCUGGAGAAGACUCGCUGUACCGACUACUUGCCCGGCACUUCUCCAAGUACCUGAGCGAAGCCUCUAUUCCUGAACAAUGGAAAACGUCCAAGACGAUCCUCAUUCCGAAGAAGGGCGACCUCACCGACCUGAACAACUUCAGACCGAUCUCCCUCUUAUCGGUCGUCUACAAGUUGUUCACCAAGGUCAUCGUCAACAGACUAGAGAAGCAACUCGACAACUUCCAACCGCCUUCGCAGGCUGGCUUCCGACGCAACUACUCUUGCCUCGACCACAUCCACGCCUUGACCCAGGUGGUGGAACGGCACCGGGAGCACCAGAUGCCACUUGCGUUGGCCUUCGUCGACUACUACAAGGCCUUCGACAGCGUGGAGAUCAACGCCGUCUUGAAUGCUCUUGCCUCCGCCGGAGUCGCCACGAAGUACGUCGAGCUGAUCGCCAACAGCAACGAGGGAACGUCCACGACCAUCCAGCUGUUCGACAAGAAGCUUUCGAUCCCCAUCAGGAAAGGUGUUCGCCAGGGAGAUACCAUCUCCCCCAAGUUGUUCUCCACGGCACUAGAAGACGCGAUGCGCCAACUUGGAUGGGACGAAGAGCACGACUGGGAAGACAGUACAGACAUCAGAGGCAUCAACAUCGACGGCAAGGUCCUCACAAACCUCCGCUUCGCCGACGACAUCGUACUCUUCUCAAGCUCCACCACCGAACUUUCCUCUAUGCUGAACGAUCUGGACGAAGUCGGCAAGAAGAUCGGCCUUAAGAUGAACGUCAAGAAGACGCAGUGGAUGAAGAACCGCUUCUGCGACCAAGGCAAAGUCACCCUUGAGGGCCGCGACCUUCAGUAGGUCACAUCCUACAUCUACCUUGGCCGGGAAGUAAACAUGGUGAACGACCUGCAAGCAGAGAUCGGCAGACGCAAACGCGCUGGAUGGGCCGCCUUCCAUCAAAGAAGUCACCAGUCAGCUGAAAGACCCAAAACUGCGAGCUCACAUCUUCGAAGCGUCGAUAAUCCCUGCCAUCUCCUACGGUACCGAAGUCUGGCCUGACACGAAGAAAAAUGCAACCGCCCUACGAACUUCCUACCGCGCACUGGAACGUGCUCUCAUCGGCACCACUCGCUUCGAGCGGUGGAAAAAAGAACAGAGGAGCACAGACCUCCGUCAACUAUCCCAAAUCCGGGAUCUAGAAGAGCACAUACAACGCGGGAAACAUCGUUGGGGCGGCCACGUCAUCCGCAGACAAGACGACCGCUGGUCCACGAGAUUAACACACUGGAUUCCGAGAAACAUCAAGUGCCCACUCGGGCGCCCACCGACCAGAUGGACGGACUACUUCCGCAAGAACAUCAGUCAGCCAGGCCGCCACUGGAUGACCGUCGCGCAAGACCGAGCCGCCUGGAGAACGUGUGGUCCACGCUGA